CCACCUCCUGCGCUAUGAUUGGUUUAUAAUAAACUCUCGCAAAACCUGACCUAUAGUGUGAAUCAGAAUUACUAACCAAUCCUAGCACAGAAAGUGAGACUUGUGUGAAUACGGGUGGGAAAACACUGGGUUCCCUUCUGAGUCUGGUUUCCCUCGAGGUUUCUUCCUCAUGGAGUUUUCCCUCGCCACCGGCUUGCUCAAAAUGGAUAAAUUCACAUAUUUAAAAUCUGUAUCCUGUGCUUAUGUUUCUGUAAAGCUGCUUUGAGACAAUGUCCAUUGCAAAAAGCUCUAUACAAAUACAAUUGAAUUGAAUUCGUCAUAAGCGAUUGCUCAAGUUCCUUAACGACCCGCCCCUUUGAAUUAACUUCUGUUUGCUUAUUGGUCAGCUCUGAUGCGGACGUAAAAACGUCGGACCAAUGAAAUGCAAUACAGGAGAAGCGUAGCUGUGAGUGUGGUGUGACAGUGCACGGUGAUUCGGCCUGACCCAGACAGCAAUGAUACACAGACACUGGAACAACCCGAGAGCGGUAACAAAUGGCUACAUUAAUGGAGCGAUUGGGUUUCUUGCAAAAAAUGCCGACUCUUAUGAAGGCGACAGCAGAUGACGAAGCGCCCUGUCCUGGAUACCUCUUUGAGGAAAUUAGCAAAAUUUCCCAUGAGUCACCGGGCUGCUGCCAGUGUCUUCUUGAAUACCUUCUGGAGCGGCUGCAGGUUGAGUCCUGUCAUGUCAAACUGAAGGUUUUGAAAAUCCUGCUGCAUCUCUCUGGCCACAGUCCUCCACACUUUGUCACAGAGCUGAGGCGAAAUGCCACAUUCAUCCAGGAAGUAACAGUGUACAGUGGUCCUCCAGACUCUAUUCAUGGCAAUGCACUCUUUCAGAAAGUCCGGGUCUCAGCACAGGAAUUGGCUAGUGUGCUCUUCGGUGACAUGAUGUCCACAGGGUCUGGUGUGUCUCCACCUCUAGGAAUGGGAUCAGAGUGUCUCCUCCAAUCAGGGAUGCUGGGAUUUGGAAAUAGCCCAGUGAGAAAAUCAUCCAGUACUCUGGGUAUUUUGGAUAAGAUUCAGAAGGCUGCAGAGGUGGUGGCCAGCGCUGUUCUUCCCCCAACAGAGCACGCUGGUAUUCGACUCCAUGAUAAUCAUUACCGGGCUGUGGUGGCACCCUCUGCUGUUGUGGAGGUUGCAGUGCCCGCCUGCACUUACAGUGUCCCUUCACGCAGCCGCAAGGGUAUGCAGAUGAGCGGUGUUUAUGCUCUGUGGGAGGGGUUUUCAACUCAAAUUUGUGAAGCCUCUCGCAGGUGCCCCGGGAAGGCGAGUGGAGGUUGGGAGGAAACAGGCAGUGGCCACAGCUCCUCUCACGACUCCUCUUUUGAGAACGAGCAAAUCAUUCACGCAUCACUGAGAGGAAGCAGUAAGUCAGGAGACACAGGCAGCCAUUCGGGGGCGAGCCGAGAGAGCGGAGACAGCGUGUCAGAACGUGUGGAUGCUGUACAGCUGGGAGACUGUGGCCAGGAGAUGGCACUGAUCAGCAGACUGACCACUGGAUCUAAAAUCUUCCUGUCCAGAGAAGAGAGCCACUGUUUCAUCAAAGAGUGUUCUACUUUAAACUGUGAAGUUGUGGUAGAACUUCUCUGUCACAAACUACAGGACCCCUCACAGACCACCCAAAUGAGGGCACUAUGUGGUCUGGCAUGCCUGAUGUGUACAGAUCUGCUAUCUUUAGAGCAGAUCUUCAGUGUUACACAUGUACGCCUCACCCAGUUGAGUAAGGGCACAGCAGGACCUGUAACAAACAAGGCAACCAAGCUUCUUAGGCAGUUUGAAGCUCUAUUGGGUACUUCCAUGGAAGUAACGAAGGGUGACAUUGCUACGGUUCCAGAAUCAUCCACUACUUCACGUUCAGAUCAGCCACAAAAUCCAACCCUCACUAAUCCUCUUCUCUCAGCACCACUGGAUGCUGCUGUAAAGAAACCUCCAUCCAUAAGUGAUAUACAGGCUCCCUCUGCUGAACAAGAAGACCAGGAUGAAGUUUGUACCGAUUCUGUAGAAGGGAGCAAACAAAAAGAGCCGACUGUUUUGGAAAACAAAGCCAGAACCACAGACCCUUGUGAGAGCUCUGAGCUGUCUGUAAACCAUCCCAGACUGUCACUGUUUAGUGGAAUGGAGCUGAUAAACAGAGGGAAACCAGUGUGUCUGGUUGAGCCUGUUCUCGUAGAACCAGAGCCCCAGACUGGAGCGGAAACCUUUGAAAGCAUUGACAUGGUUAUGGAGAAGAGCUCUGAAAGAACAGCAGAGCCUUCUUCAUCCUCUAGUUGUGAACCGGUUUCUGCCUUCUCCUUCCUCAACCUCUGACCUGGUGUUGGCUGUUAUUUUGUUUAGAUGACCAUUUGAUGUAGAUUGCAAUUUUAUUGAUAGUGAAUAUGACUAGAAUGGAAUAAUAUGGGUGAAGUCUGCAAAAUUUAAGCCUGCACCAGGUGCAUGAAGGUACGAAAACGCCAUUAACGAAUUGUCCAGUCUUGUACUUCACAAGCAAUUAUGCAUAGUUAGGAUUAAAAGUGAUGUCCACUCAAGGGCAGAUCAUAGAUAUUAUUAUUAUUAUUAUUAUUAUUAUUAUUAUUAUAUGGUUACUCAAAUCAAAAGAUUGAUAAUGUUCGUAUACUAGGAUACAGAAUGUUGUCGUCCUGGGUAUGCAUAGUUAGUCAAGUGUGACACUGGUCUUUAUGUAAUAUUUAUGUGUCCAGAUGCUGCUAAUGGCUUAUAACCAAGUCUAAUGGGUCAUAUAUUCAUUGACUGACGUACUAGGUAGAAGGUUGCUGACAAACUGUGCAUAGCAACAGGUGAGCUGCAGGUAGGUAUAGUAGGGGUGUAACGAUACGGCGUGUAAUAAUGUAGACUAUUUGUCAGAAAAUACCGCUCAUCAUGUGAGGGGUAAUAAACAUUUAAACUUAAUCAAGCUGACACUACCUCCUCAUUAUCUCGAAUCAGGAGGGUCUACAUGGGUUUAAAAAUAAAUAAAUAAAAAUACCUCUCCUAAGCAAGCUGGUUUUUGAAAGCUAAUACACUAGCAUACUAAGCUUUACUGACUGAAUCCAUCUGGGCUGAAGAAUCGCUGCGGUGCUUGGGAAGUUAAUAGCAGCAGAUAUGAGAAUACUCGGCAUAGUGAAGAACGCAGGCUUCAGCGAUGUGUUUGAGCUACAGCGAGUGAUGACUGACAGCAUGACUAGAAAGGCACUUCAAGAGCUUGACGAGUGUUAUUUAAUUACCCAUGAUUCAUUUUGUAACACUCUAAUGCAUGGCUUUUGUUUAAUUAUAUGGUUCACAUAAUGACCAUUUAAGUUUAGGUACCUAUAUAAUGUUGAAAGUUUGAAUCAGUUGAAAACGGAAAGAUAAGGUACAUGAACAGGCAACGUUUGUUUUUGUAUUUCUGAAAAUGUAACGUAUCAGGACACUGCUGUACCGAAUUGGAAUUCUGUGCAUCAUUACACCCCUACUAAAUGUAUAUUAGGUUUACCUAAGAAAAUGGCCAAACACUUUCAGUAUUCUGUAUUCCUCAAGUUGUUCAGUGGCUAGCAUGGCCCCGGGUUCGAUCCUGAGCUCAGGUUACUGUGUGGCGUUUCGUCUGUUCUUACCAUGUCCAUUGUAGGUUUAUUCCAGGUUCUCAGUUUUCUUCUCACCUCUGAAAAAUCAUGCCCGUAGGUGUUUUGGCUAAAGAUGAACUGCCCUUAGGUGUGAAUGUGUGUGUGUGUGUGUGUGUAUGUGGUGGUCCAGGGUCUAUCCCUGCUGCAUGCCCAGUGAUCCUGGGACAGGCUCUGGAGCCACUGCAACCAUGACCAGGAUCAGCAGUUACUGAAAGCGAGUGAGAGAAUCCCGAGACCAGACAUUUAUCACAGUUCUUGCCGUCUGCUCUCAGUCUAUUAAUCAUAACAAAAUGUACAGUCAUUUAAGUACUUGAGUGUUUUGUUGAUGAGCGAAAACUGAUAGAUGUACCUCAGGAUUAUUUUCCUCCAGUGUUUACCUUGCCUGACACAUAUUGUGUCUCUUUACAAGUAAUUUAAUGAUAAUUUUAUUUUUUGCACUAUGAGGUUAUUCCUCAAGGCUACUUAAGUCUUCCAAUAAUUUCAAGCCUUUAAAAAAUGAUCACACACAUUAAAAUGCAAAAUCCUUUCAAUAUAUGAUCGUUUCGCCAAUAAUUAGAUGAAUGAAAUUCUCUACAUGUGGUUUGCAAACUGCUGUGUAUUCAUGUGUGUGUAUGUGUGUGAGAUAUGGAUCUGCAAUUAGACAUCUCAGAAAAUACACUGUAUUAAUCAUAUCUUCAAUUAUAGAUAGACACCAAACACAAUAAAAUUAUUUAUAAACUUU